CAACAAAAGAUUCUCGUCCAGUAAAUCCGUCUUCAACCCUAGCCGAAGAUACGGGAGCUUCUGGCGCGUGUUUAUAUUCGACUGUAGUUUCCAUAAAAAAGAUUUUUUGGGCGGCAACGAAGAACCUAUCCGAAGAAGUAGGCGUCGAAGAAAUGGAUCGGUAUCAGAGAGUGCAGAAACCGAGGGAGGAGACCGCCAUCAAUGAAAAUGAGAUCCGGAUAACUGCCCAGGGAAGGAUGCGCAGUUACAUCACGUAUGCGACUAGUCUACUUCUGGAAAAAGAUUCGAAUGAAAUUGUCUUCAAGGCCAUGGGAAGAGCUAUUAACAAAACUGUCAUGAUUGUGGAGCUAAUAAAGAGAAGGGUUGUGGGUCUUCAUCAGAAUACUGAAAUUGGUUCUACAGAUAUCACUGACACCUGGGAACCUUUAGAAGAAGGCCUACUUCCGCUUGAAACUACAAGGCACGUGUCUAUGAUCACAAUUACCUUAUCGAAGGAGGAGCUGGAUACAUCCUCUCGUGGCUACCAGUUGCCUUUACCAAAGGAUCAGGUGAAACCAUUGGCCGAAUUUGAGGAUGAUGGAGAGGAUUUUUCUGGUGGUCAAGGCAGAGCCCGUGGUGGUCACGGUCAGGGAAGAGGCAGAGGCAAUGGAUUCAUGGCUAUGGAUUACAAUGGUGAAGGAUGGGACAAUCGUGGGUAUGGAAGGGGUGGUUGGAAUCGUGGCCGUGGCUUUCGAGGCCGUGGCAUUCGAGGCCGUGGCCGAGGAGGUUAUGGAGAUCUAACUUAUUACCAACAAGAGAAUGGUGGCUAUAAUGAAGAAUAUUCUGUUCCUACUCAGGGACGAGGUCGUGGCCGCGGUCGCGGUCGCUUUCGUGGGAGAGGUCAAGGUCGAGGAAGGGGUCGUGAUUUUCGAUCUAACGGGCCAAUCCAUACAGAAGCCGUCGGAGCAUGAUUUGGUUGGCAUAGUCGCAUGAAAGUCUUUGUUUAAUAUGUUUUGGAUGUCUGCUUCGUAUUACUGGAUUGUUGCAUGUCAUGAGUGUAUAUCUGGAUUUGAUCUAUGUCUAGUAAGUUGAUCUGCAAAUUUCUCAUCGUUUUUGUAGGUGUAGGAGACGAGUAUUUUUUUAUUGCAGUUUUCACCUCAGAUUUAUUCUAAUUGUAUCGUUUGAAUAAUUAAGCCUUUCAUUCUUUUGUUUAUUUA